CGGUGCUUCUCUCGUCAGCGUUAAUAGUAAUGCAGAACACAUCUUCAUCAGCAAUUGGCUGGACAGGAAUGACGUAGGCGCGUACCGUUGGUUCACUAGCGGGAUUGUCUACGAUAUGGGGACGGGAGACCUGCAAUGGAAAGGGGACGGGACGAGAAUCCAACAGGCUGACCAAUACUGGCUGAAUGUCCAGGAGAUGUUUAACCCGGGUCUACAUAUAGUAUACACGUACGCCGUAACUGGAUACCUCUGGGGCCGUGAAGUUGAAUCGUCAGAGCUCCCAUACAUCUGUGAAAUCAACAUGAACGAGGCCUACCGGAUAGCCCAAACACAUAGAGAUUACGACUAUGGUACAAGUCUGACAGACCCAGUCUUGGCCCCACGGGGGCCAGACAUGAUCCUUCAGCCCACCAGUCUUGUCUCCGUCGGUAUGGCCGACAGUGCCAGCUUUGAGUGUGUCGCCACAGGGAACCCCGCCCCUACAUACACCAUUGUUUUCAUUGACAACGAGAACAAUCGGAGUGUGGUUUCACCGGAAGUCGACUCCAGGUACACAGUAACCAACGGAAAGGUCACGAUACAAUACCCGAACGAACGAAAUGAUUCCGGAACGUACCAAUGUAUCGCCGAGAACACAUUCGGAUCCAUCUUGGGAAAUACAAUGUAUUUUACCUUCGGAAGUCUUGGGAGCUUCUCUAAUGUCGACAGGGAACCAGUUACUGCCCUCUCCCAUGAAAGUGCCCAGAUCAACUGUGACCCACCAAUCCAUAAACCAGCGGUAACGUACCAUUGGUUGAGGUGGAGGACCGGGUCAUACGUACGCCCUGAUCUGACUCCCUACAUCUUUAUCUCUCGGAACGGAAAGCUUUACUUUUCAGUCGUCUCCAAAGAGGACGAGGACGAGUACUUCUGUAUCGUGGAACUGACGUCUAACAAUGGCGCAGCCAUCGGCACCAAUCAGCCGCCGAGCAGGACCAGCCGUCCCAUACUGCUUCACGUCAUACAACAAGUCGAGACACUUUGGGGUCCAGAGAUCGGUAACGACUUCCCUGCUGUGUUUCCGGCUCGACCAAUCAGAGGGCAGAACGUUUACCUGGAGUGUUUAGCAUACGGCAGCAUGACGAUCGAGUACUCGUGGAGCCGGGGGUUGCUCCCCUUGCCGACGACAGCCCGGUCACUAGAUCAUAACAGGGUCCUUAUGAUAGAGGGCGCACAGAUCGAGGACAGUGGAACUUACACGUGCCAAGCGACAAGGGGCUUCGGUUCCACGGCUUCGAAAUCAUUCACACUCAGCAUAGAAGCCAAGCCUUUCUUCAGCUACCCUCUCAGCGAUCGACACGUGGACAUCGGAAGCCAGCUGACGUGGAGAUGUGAGGCGAAGGCUUUCCCUACACCGACUUACAGUUGGUACAAAAAUGGCGUCAAGAUUACAAGUGUCCCAGGGGAGAUAACUAUCGCCAAAAAUGUCAUGGUAAUAAACAAUCUGGACCCCGUGAAACACAAUGGAAUGUACCAGUGUUCUGCGACUAACGUAUACGGAGAGGUUUUCACGGAGGGACAAUUACGAGUGUUGGCCUUCCCCCUGUCUUUCAUCAAAAAGCCAUUGGAAGAAAGAAUGUUCGCAGCGAUAGGCGGAAAUGCGACUAUAAUCUGUGAUCCGGAGGCGGCCCCGUUUCCGACUUUCACAUGGCGUAAGAAUGGAGUUGACCUCGGUUUGAACCACGGAGAUAUGACGUCACGGAUUAGGAUUAUGCAGAACGGGAACCUGUUCAUACAAAAUGUGAAUCAGGGUGACGCCGGUGUUUACAUGUGCUCGGCAGAAAAUAUCUACGGUUCCGCAUCAAGCUCCGGGACCAUCGCUGUCACGUCGAGCACAGUGAUCAACGUGGCACCACAGCCAACAUCAGUACCCGUGAAUAGCACGGCUUUCCUCACAUGCGCUGCCUCCGUGUCAACUCAGAUCGAGUUUAUACAGACUUGGAACUUCAAUGGCGAGCCUCUGGACCUCAAAGACAAUCUGCAUUAUGCAUUGGGAACAUCACAGAAUAUUCAAGGAUUAUACAUACGACUCGCCCAGAUAAAGCAUGCUGGAGACUAUGAAUGCGUCGUUAUGACAACAAUGGACACGUCAAGUGCAAGCGCCCGACUGACUGUGUUAGGUCCUCCAGGGCCGCCUGCCGGCCUGUAUGCAGACCCUACCACCAUCACAACUAGUUCCAUGAGGAUUAAGUGGAGCGUUGGCGCUUUGAAUGACCUUUCUAUAGACUUCUAUACGGUACAGGCCAGGACAGAAAAAGGACACAGCUGGACCGUCAUAAUCCCGUUCAUCGCAGAUGUAGAUACUAUCAUACCAGCCAGCGACAAGCAUAUGGCUGAUGUUACCGGCCUAAAACCCGGCGUGGGAUACUUAUUCCGGUUGUCAGCAGCGAACUCCCUAGGGAUUGGGGAACCCAGUAAGCCGUCUGACAUAUUCCAGACCCUCCCGGCCCCUCCGUCCAUAGCUCCUAAACAAGUUGGAGGUGGAGGGGGAAGUGUCGGAGACCUUACCCUAACGUGGACGCCGCUGGCGGAGGAAGAUUGGGGCGGGGCGGUAGUGUCAUAUAUCGUAUACUGGCGCCUCCUAGGGAGCAUUGGGGAAUCAUCUUGGGCAAGACCACAGAACGAAAUCCGAUCAGACGUUGGAAAAUAUGUACACACUGUUGGACAAGAAUUUUAUUAUACACAAUAUGAAGUCAAAGUUCAGGCAAUCAACAAUUUCGGCAGGGGACCUAACUCCACUAUCGCUGUUGUAUAUUCCGCUGAAGACUUGCCGAUUGCCGUGACGACCAACGUCAAAGCCUGGCGGCACAAUUCUACGGCAAUCAUGGUGAUGUGGGACCCCGUCCCGGAUGUAAGGGAGAUAAUGCGGGGUCGACUGCUAGGAUACCAGGUAAAUUAUUUCGAGAGGAAUAACUCGGACCCAAUAAUAAACUCGAUCAGCUGGCGGACUCAUGACCCUGAGGGUCUCGUGAUAGGGCUCCUCCCCUACACGUGGUACACGUUCGAUGUUCAGGUCCUCAAUACGGCCGGGAUGGGUCAAAUCAGUGAGAAGUUCCAUCAGCGUACAUACCAAAACGCUCCUGUACUUUACCCCACUGAGGUGUAUGUGCAUUCCUACGGGGCUAACAGUGUGAUGGUGAAGUGGAGGGGCGUGUCUACGGGAGUUUAUGAGGAACCCCUUCAGGGCUUCAAGGUCCGUUACUGGCUAAGCAAUGACGACAUUCGGACGGCUAAAGACGUCAUCGUAGAUAAGGUCGACCAGGCUGUUGUUUACGGAGUGGAGAAAAAUAACCUGUACAAGUUAAGGGUCCUAGGUUUUAGCCAGGGCGGAGAUGGUAACCUCGGCGAGACGGUCUACUUUACUCUAGGUGGGAUGGUCUACGUUGAUCCAUCCGUGUCGGAGAUUCGAGCGUCUGCUGACCAGUCAACUCUGUCAAUCACUGUUCUGUUACUAUGUAUCCUGUGGGCGUUACUGGUUAAAGAUGUAUGUGAUUAAUUGUUAAAAAUACGUGUUCCUUAUUGCAUCAUUGGUGUUCAAAACACACUGAUUAAUUGAUGUUUAGUCUAACCGCAGUUAAUUCCAAAUAUCCAAUGAUUCUCAGGAAUAAAAGAAGAGAACUAAAUAGGCAUAUAUGGUACCCUAUUCAGAAAUCAGUCACACGUGAACAGUUGUGUGACUUCCUUUAAUUGGUAAACAGAUAUGUCAGAGAUGCCGUCGGCGGCGUAUAAAUUGAUCGUCACAAACAUGUAUAAAUUUACACCCACUAUAGCAAAGAACGAAAACAGUAACAGCUUGCAUUUGUUCUCAUUGAACUUCAAAAGAUAAAAAGAGGAGCUCAAAGUUGUAGGGGUGGUAUUAACGUUAAUUAUGUCUAGUCUUGAUUGAAAUCGGUCGUAAUUACUGUUUGUCGGAGAUGUAGUACCUUUAAAUCUUUAUAUGAUUUUAGAUUUGUUAGUUAUAAAAUAACGCCCGUACAAAUAUAUUGUAGAAUAACAGGAAUCUAACUGUAUGUCACCGAAUUAUAUCGACCCUCAUCGAAAUGCUUUUCAUUGUUUUCAUUAUGAAUAGAUCUUUGGCUGUUUUAAGCCAUACUAUCUACUUUUGUACUUAAGUUCCGUGCUGUACAUAAAAAUACAUUGUACGUGUAACAUUGAUAUUUUGUAAAGGACUUCGAUAGGCUUUGCCAGAUGACGUUAGAUAAAAUUGUUUGAAACUGAACAUUAAACAGUGAAAUUGUGACUCAAUCAAGAAAUCAAGACUUUUUUUAUUACAUUAGAACGAAGAACAUGCGUUCUCAAAAGGAUCAGUAUGACAUUUAAACAUUACAUUGUUUGUCGCUUAUUAAAAUUUCAGUAAAAUGGUUUUGUUAAUGGACUGUGUGUAUAAUAUGAUGGCGUUAAUUGGUUGUGUGUAUACUAUGAUGUCGUUAACUGUUAUCAUUGGCAAGUAGGAGCCGGACCAGUCUAUAAUAUAGUUUCAGGAGUUGACUUUCCUAUGGGACUUGCUUUUCCCAGACGUAUAGUAAUACAUUCAACAAAAUAGUAUAACCAGUGUAAGCAUAAUAUAUUUCAGUUUAAAAAAAUAACAGAUGGUAUAUAUAGCGAUAUAUAAAUCUUGCACACAUUACAUAAUGGGGUUUGGCACGUGUGUGUACAUAGCGACAUCAUGAUUAACCCGCGUGCUAUAUUAAGACACACCACAGUACGAUGAUACAUGUAGUAUAUUGUGGUACAGUUUAAUAAUUGU